AUGUUAUCAGAAGUUAACAACAUUGAAGGAGAUUGGAAUAUUAUCGAUUAUUCACAACAUCCUGAAUGUAUUGGAUGUCAAUUGGAGAUAACACGUGAUGAGAUAAAUCCUGACAUUUUUCACGUUCAAGUGCGUAUUAUCAAUACUAUCAAGUGCGAUUUUCGAUACAUAGCUGACAUUGACCUGUGGGAGCAUUCAACUGUUGUAUCAACAAAGAUGGCUGGUCCGUUGGAAAAAUUAAAUCAAGAACGCGUGAUUAGCAGUUUUAUUGACAGUAUCGAGAACCUAGAAGUUCAAGGUGGAGUGCAAUUAAUUGCUCGAACGGUUGAUGGGGAUCUCAUUUUAUUAGAACAUCCUCGAGAAGAGAAUCAAAUCAUUAGCAGCCAAUAA